GCUGUGUCUGUCCACAGCCGGCGCCUUCCCGCCAUUUUGUCUGAGGGAGAGGAAUCCGUUGCCUCCGCCCGUUCUCCGAUCCGAGCUGCUGGCCGCGAUGGCGGCGCCCGAGACCGAAAGCCAAGCGUCGGCCGGGUCUGGCGCAGAAGAGGCGGCCGGGUCGCCGCUGCUUCCUCCACCGCCUACCGCCGCCACCCCGGGCCGGCGCCUCAGCGACCUGCGGGUGAUCGACCUGAGGGCCGAACUGAAGCGCCGCAACUUGGACACCGGCGGCAACAAGAGCGUCCUGCUCGAGCGCCUCCGCAAAGCCAUUGAGGAAGAAGGGGGAAAUCCUGAUGAAAUUCCAGUGGCACCAGAGAUUACAAGCAAGAGAACCCCAAAGAGGACAGUCAAAGGACGUAAGCCAGAAGAAGAUGAUGGUGAAGAUAAUGGAUUGGAGGAGAAUUCAAGAGAUGGUCAGGAGGAUAUUGAAGCAAGCUCAGAUAACUUGCAGGAUAUUGACAUGAUGGACAUCAGCGUGUUAGAUGAAGCUGAAACAGAUAAUUCCAGUGCUGUUGACUGCAAGGAUGAUUAUAUUGCUGAAAACAUUCUUGACUCUGACGAUAAAGACAAUACUGAUGCAGAAAUGAAAGAACUUCCUGAUCAGCUGAUAGAAAAUGAGGAGAAUGGCGAGGAACUUGAUAACAUGUUAGAUGCUGCUUCUUCUGAUUUAGCUGCAGUGAAGGAUUUGGAAUAUCAACAUACAGAGCCAGAAAAUGAGAAAAUGCUCGACAUUUUGGGUGACACUUGUAAAUCUGAGCCCCUUAAAGAAGACACUUCCGAAGCGGAGCAGGCACAGGAAGCGAAAAACCCGUUGCCGGGCAAAAAGGCAGCCGAGGAAGAGGAAGACACGCUUGCCGCCACCGCUGUGUCAGAAGAAGACCUUUUAGAUACGGAAAGCCUCUCAGCCCAGGCUGUGGGCAGAAAGCAGGAGGAGGCGGAGGCAAAGCACUUAGUGGUAGCGGCAGGGGAGACGAGCGAGCAGACAGGCGAGGAAGCCCGACCGGACUCGGACUGUGUAGCGGUAGAGAGCAGGAGUGGUGGAGGAGGAGGAGGAGGAGGUGGUGAUGAGAGUAGCAAAACAGCAGCUCAAACUCUGGAAGCCAGUAGUGAGGAAAGUGCGGUUAGCCAAGAGGCCGCGAAGACGGAAGAGAAAUCUCAGUGUGCGGAAGACUCCUCCUCUGCCACUAGAGAGUCCUCUGCCCCAGAGGGUGGUGAUCAGAACACGAGUUUUGAGGAGAACAAAGACACAAAAACAGCUUCAAAAGAUGAUAAAGGUCGUAGUGCUGCCACUUCCGGCCGGAAUUUCUGGGUGAGCGGCCUUGCUUCCACCACCAGAGCAACUGACUUGAAGAAUCUCUUUAGCAAAUACGGAAAAGUGGUGGGUGCAAAAGUGGUCACCAAUGCUCGCAGUCCAGGUGCUAGGUGUUACGGUUUUGUGACCAUGUCCACAGCUGAAGAGGCCACGAAAUGCAUUACCCAUUGCCACAAAACAGAAUUACAUGGGAAAAUAAUAUCUGUUGAAAGAGCAAAAAGUGAACCUGCUGCUAAGAAACCUUUGGAGAAAAAGGAGAAUGAGGUGAAGAGUGAAGUGUUAGCCAGUGACAGGUCUCCCAGCUCCAAAAAGAAUGAGAAGGCUGACCAGAAAGAAGAUGCCAAAAAAGCUGAAGAAAAGGAUGAGAAGGGGAAAGAGGAAGUGAAAUCUGGAUCAGCAGACCAGUCUAAGACCUCUAAAUCAGGCAACAAAGCUACAGAAAGGACUGUGAUAAUGGAUAAAUCCAAAGGUGAACCAGUUAUUAGUGUAAAGACGACAACUACGUCAAAAGAUAGAAGUGUCAAGAGCCAGGAUCGUAAAUCGGAGAGCAGAGAAAAAAGCAGAGAGAGGCAAGGGAUUGUGCCCUUUGACAAAAUCAAGGAGCAAAGGCGCCUGAGAGAAAUUGAACACCGCAGCACCCGGGAGCGUCGAGACAGACAGCAGCGCAUGCAAGCCAUCUGGGAGCAGGAGGAGCGGGAGAGGCUUGAGAUUGCCCGGGAGAGACUGGAAAUCGAAAGGACCCGCCUGGAGAGGGAGCGGAUGGAACGGGAGCGCUUGGAGCGGGAGCGUAUGCACAUUGAGCACGAGAGGCGCCGGGAGCAGGAGCGCAUCCAACGUGAGAGAGAGGAGCUGCGGCGGCAGCAUGAGCAGCUGCGCUAUGAGCAAGAGAGGCGUGUGGCACUGAGACGGCCCUACGACAUAGAUGGGAGGCGAGAUGACCCAUACUGGCCAGAGACAAAGCGAAUGGCAAUGGAUGACCGUCAUCGCUCAGAUUUUAACCGCCAGGACCGGUUCCAUGAUUUUGACCACAGGGAUCGUGGACGGUAUCAAGACCAUUCCCUAGACAGAAGAGAAGGGUCACGAGGAAUGAUGGGAGACCGAGACGGACAGCACUAUGCAGAUGAGCGCCAUGGGGGACCAGAUCGACACUCGCGGGACAGCUGGGGCAGCUACAGCUCUGACCGGCGCAUGAGUGAGGGGCGGGGCAUACCCCCACAGUCUCGAGAUGGCCGUGACUGGGGAAAUCACAGUAGAAAAUUUGAUGGCCAUCAGGAUCGCUCCUGGCAGAGCAACACACAUGGGGGAGCAAUGGGACGAGAUCACGAGCGAUGGCAAGGUGGAGGCAGAGGGAGACGUGGCCAUGCAGUGCACCGAGGUGGAGUAUCUGGGCGGGGAAGCUUCAUGCAAGGCGGCACACAGAGCCAAGCAUCCCAUGGUGGGGAUGCGCAAGAUGAAGGCUUCUCGGGGCAAGACAGAGGGAGCCGGCCCAACGAUCCUCGGUUCAGUCGCCGCUAUUGAAUGUUUUAUUGGCUUUUUUAGCUGUACAAUGGUAACAGACUACAACACUACUGCUCAGUGUCCUACUGACUGUGACUCUUAAGUUAACCUUCAUUGUUUUACUUCGUAGCUCAAUAUGUGAACCCACUUGGGAUUUUUGUAAUGUGGUCCUGUAUGUGCUACCCUUACAACUUGCCCCCAUUUAAAAGAAAAUGCUUUUCUUUUAUGAGGCAUUCCAUUUUCUAUAAAUAAAAAGAAAAACUGUUUACAA